GACUGAAUUUUAUGGUAGCAUACAUAAUUUGAUCGAAUAUUAAUCUCAAGUUUAUUUCUUAAUAAGUAUAUAAGGUUGCGAACUAGGCAGAUAAAACGAAAAUAAAACACACUAUAUGAUUAUGUAUGUGAAAUAAAUAUAUUUAGCCUAAAUUGAUAGAGUGUAUUAUUGUUUUGGUCAUUGCAGACUAGUUUAAAAAAAUAUAUUUCAUUCAACUAUAUUUUUCAAUGGCUACAAAUAAAGUAAACUUGUCCACUUCAAGUCACAUCAUACAAUUUCCCAAAAAUUGUAGCCCUAUAAGAGGAAGUUGAAUGGAAUAAACUAAGGAGGUGCAUUUCAAAUGUUUCAUUUUCCAAUAUGUAUUUGUUUACUCUUGGCCCUUGUUGAUUCGAAACCAAUAUUGAUAAUAAUUUUCGGCACAUUAUUCGAAACAACGGCCACGAAGAAUUAGGCUACAUGCUAUUAUAUUUAAUCUUUCAAUGCAGCAAUUCGAUUAAAACUUUGCUAUUUAACAGGUAGGUCAUCAAUGUUUUAUCUGUAGGUACACCAAAAUUAAGCUUAAAUUGAAGGUACUUGUGAUUAUGUGUUUCAAAUUCUCAUCCACAUUUUAGUCGAGGUUCCCAGCAAUGGAGAUAUUAACACAGAAAAAAGAUGAAUAUCAAAAUGAGCUUCAAAAGAAACUAAAAUUAAUUAAAAACCCAACAGAACUUAACAAGUUAGCUGAAAAAAUAACAGAAUCCAUCCAGACAACAACAAAGAAAAUAUGUAGCAAAAGUAAAAAUCCAAAGGACACAAAACUAAGCCCAGAAACUGUAGAUUUAAUAACAGAGAGAAGAACACUGAACAGAGAUGAUCCACAAUACAACGAGAAGAAUGCAAGAGUGAUAAAAAUUAUAAGGACAGACCUGAGAACUUAGACAACUAAACAAAUUUUAGAAACAAUCGAAGCCAACAAGAAUAUGAAAGUAUUGAAAACCAUCAAAACCAAGUCAUCUAACGGAAAACAAAGAAUUAUAAACAUCAAAAAUCAACAAGGAGUACUCGUGAGCGAUAAGAAAUCCAUUGUGGACGAUGUUACAUUAAAUACUAAGUGUUCCAAAGGCUGCACCCUAUGGAAAGAUGCACUUUCGUCAUCAUGCCAAAAAGUUUGCAACGGUACUACGGAUCGUCUGAGCCACAGAGAACUAUAUUGCGUCAUAGGCUGUAAUGAUGCAAUAGGAAAAUAUUUUGGUCAAGUACGAUCGCUUCUAGGAGUACCCCCGGCACCAGCACUGCUGGAUAACUCUUUGGCAGCUACGACGUUGAAACUAGAAUGGCGAUUUCCGGAAGCUUCAAGAGCAAAACUGAGCUUCCACGUUCAGUGGCGGUACGAAGUGAUGGCUGCCGCGUGGCAGUACAGCAGAAACGCUACUUGGAGUUCGGAUAACAGCUAUUUUUUGGUAGAAGGGUUGCAACCAUAUACCAAAUACCGAUUUCGUAUCGCUCUGAACCUAGGCCACGGUCACGGCGACCCGAUCUACUCGGAACAAAGCGUGGUGAUAGCUACUCUGGCCUCGGGGGUUCCAGCGUCGCCCCCCAGGAACGUGAGAGCUGCUCCCGUGGAUGCCCAUUCGGUCAGCGUCAGUUGGGAACCCGGUCCCUUUCCACACGGUCCUCUCCUUGCCUAUGUGCUCCAGAUUACCGACGAUAGUCCUUCGGGAGGGCAAAAAGCCCGAUCCGAAGUUAAGGAUGUUCCUUAUCCAAGUUCUUUUUACGUCUACCGCGAUCUUCAACCAAACAAAAACUAUAAAGUAUCCAUACAAAUGCGAAACAGAGUUGGAUCGGGUCCAGCAAGUACAGUACAGGUUUCUACUCCAAAAGAACCCCAGGUUUCAGAAAAUCAGCAGCCAAUCUUAAUCCUUGGUACUCAAUAUGGAAUAUUUGAACUAGAGUCCCUUUUUGGGGAUAGUUUGCAUUUAUUUCAUUCGGAUGACACUGCUAUACAAGGAAUUGGAAUUCACAUCAGCAAACAACUUCUGUUUCUUUCGGAUGCUAACGGAUCAGUUUGGCGAAUUCCUAUAGAACAGGAAACGAAAAAUCGCACCAGAAUCUUAGCACCAGAACAACUAGACUUUUUCCCUCUGGAUAUUUCAGUUGAUUGGAUCAGUAAUCAGUUGUACAUUCUUGGCGAAGUUAAGCCUAGGAAAAGUCCAGGAAAAUAUCUCAUAAAAAGGUGUAAUUUGGAUGGUAGUCACUUGACAGUGGCCCUGGCAGGACUAACAAAAAGACCAGCAGCAAUGGAAAUAGAUCCCUGCAACGGCUACCUUUUCUGGACUAUAGGAGAUGAAAAUUAUGGAGGCAUUUUUCGCCUGGAUAUUUCCGAUAUAAGCAACGGAAUCAAGCACCAAGCUAAAAUUGAGCAAAUAUUAAACGAGCCAAGUUUGGGGGCGUUUAUUGUUGAUUCCAUUAAUUUUAGACUUUACGUGGCUAACCAGCGGAGUAAUACUAUGUGGGCGGUUUCUUUGGAUGGCAAAGACAUAAAAAAUAUCCGACAAAAUGUAGCAAAUCCUAAACUAGAAAACGUCCUAUCUCUGGGUACAGUUAACAAAAAAUUCUACUGGACGGAUGGUAGUACUGUCUACAACGAAGAAUACCAUCCAGGACGUGACGAAUAUUUUCACAACAAAAUUUCUCAUCUAGGCAAAACCCAAUAUAGGAAAAUUUUAAUUAAUUUAAACAACAGCCAACCAUGGCCGAUACCGUUAAAUCCUCCAACCCAUUUACAAGCGAUUUUUAGUAAUACCGUUGCCAAAGCUAAAUGGCUGCCACCCCAUUUAUUAGGGUUACAAGGAAAAGGUGCCUGGCAAAAUUGGUCAUAUAAAGUAUCAAUAGAAGAUCUCACAACACAUAAUAUAACAGGGUUUACCACAAAUACUUCAUCAUUCAGCAUAAGUAAUCUCACAGAAAACACAUCUUAUAAACUAAAAGUUGCAGCCUAUACUAAAUCAGGGACCGGACCUUGGUCCACUGAAUUUAUAGGUACUACUCUGGAAAAAUCGAGAAACCCUAUAAUAAUUUGGUCAGGAACCGAAGGAUUAUUCAAGAGUAAUGUUGCUAUUGAAAACGUUGAAACGUUGCUGCACAAAAGUCUAUUGGGCAAUGUUGAAUUCACGGGAUUGACGUGGUAUCAGGAUCAAGUUUAUUUGGUUACGAACAAUAGUCAUGUGAUUUGGUACAAUCUAACGUCCAGAAAACAUGGAAGGUUGAAUGAUAUUGAUUCUGUCGGAAGUAUUGCUGUCGAUUGGAUAGGCAAAAAACUAUAUUGGUCAAAUUUAAAACAACAAUUGAUAAUUCGAAGCAAUCUUAAUGGAAGCCAACAAGAACCUUUACCCAUAUUAACCCUAGCAAAAGAAAUAAGAAUAGACUCAGUAAAUGGUUACUUAUAUUGGUCCAGAGAAUAUGACGUUGAAUGUGCCCACCUGAAUGGUGAUGAUAAAAUGGAUUAUGAUCGUUUAGAACCGUUUUCUGGAAAGCAAGUAAUGGGCUUAACACUGGAUUUUGAUGGUAAGCAAAUUUACUGGAUAGUCCGUGGUUCUGACGGCUCUCACCUUUUCCGCGCCCCAAUGGUCGGUUACGGAGCAGACAGCAACAUCCAAAAAUCUCGUGUCGCCCUUUUGCAGCGUCCCAACAUGCAAGGACCGUUAACAUAUUUCAGUCACAGAUUGUUGUGGCUUCAAGAUGAAAAAAACGCCGUCGUCAGUGAUUUAGAUGGAAAAAAUUUGGCUACUUUCAGUGGAAAAUCUAUAUGGGGUUUGAAUUUAGUCUAUGUGGUCGAUGAAAACUUACAUUGGUGGCCUAGCAAUAUAACAAACAAGAACGAUGUGAAUGUAGUGCCUGAAAUGGUGCAGAAAUAUACUAUAAAGGCUUUGGGUUCUUCAGAGUCUUUCAAUAUUACAUGGGAUAGGAUUCGAAAUGUUAAUUAUGGAACUGUGUUCUAUGAGGUACAACUUGAUGGUUUACCAGCAAAUAAUGCAACGAUCAUCACCACUGAACCGACAAUAAGAUACUGGAGAGAAGUAACCCCAUUUACACCACUAAACGUAACAAUCAGAGCGUUCACUUAUUGGGCCAGUUCACCACAAAUCAGAGUGGUAAUUUUCUCACCUCCAUCAACACCUUCAGCACCGAGAAAUUUGAGGACCUACGUCACAUACGAACACAAUAAUUCGUUGAAAGGCGUUAACUAUUUUUCGAUCAUUUUUAGAUGGGACCCUCCCUUGUUCCCGAAUGGAAUUUUGAAUGGAUACAAUAUAAGAUGCUGGUAUGUAGAGAAUGACAAUGAAAAUGUUAUCUGCGACGACAAGAAAGCAGCCAACGAAACGGAGUUUAUCAUCAAAGAUUUAAGUGAAGCUAACAUCUACUAUUUUCAGGUUCAAGCCUAUACUGAAAUAGGCACAGGCGCUAUGUCAACUCCAAUUUCAGCAAAUUCCAGCCAAGAAUCACCUCCUCCAACUCUCCUUAUAGCAUCUUUUGACACCAUUUCAUUAGAAGAUAUUGAUGCAGACCACAAUUACCCAUUGAUAAAUGGAAUAAGCACUCCAUUGGAAAUAUCUUACCUCAUAAGAGAAAACAAACUGUUUUGGGUGAAUGAAAUGCAAGAGCUACUCAUGUAUCAUUUACAUUCGUCCAAUAAAACUAAAAUAUUAGACCUUAAAGGUAAACCAAAAGGUUUGGCUUUGGAUUGGCUGGAGAGAAGCCUGUAUUAUGUUGAAGGGAUUAAUGAUACAACUGGCUCAAUUAUUUAUAAAAUAAACUUAAACCAUCUUGAUAAAAAUAUUAUGAAAAAUAAUGAAAUUUAUUCGACAACUAACAAUAUAGCAAAAAUUGAAGUUUCACCAUUGACAAGGAAAAUCUAUUGGAUUGAAACUGAUGAUAAUGGAAACCACAAUGUAAUAUUUAGUAACAUAGAUGGUUCACAUGUAAGAAAUUUUUUUGGCAAUAGACAAAAAAGAAGCCUCAGUUGCAACUGUCCAUCAGAAAAUAUCCAACUUGAACCAACAUUUACCAUUGACCAUUCUGACAUUAAGAAAACACCAUCUUUAAUUUUUAUUAAUUCAAAUACAAAAGAGGUUUUUGCUUCGGAUAAAGAUGGCUGUAUGUGCAACAUUAUAGCAAAUGUCAGCCAAACGUUUCCACUCCAUAAAAUUAAAUCAGAUUUUGGAUCGCUUUAUUGGUUAAACAGUGAGGGAGUAUUGUAUGCACUGAAAAAAGGCAAUAUUAAUUUACUAAGUAAACCAAUAAAAGCUAAUGAUGUGAAUAUUUAUGGCAAACACGUGCAGCCAUAUCCAUCAAAAGAAUGUUUGAGCCCUAAACAAUAUUCAAACUUUACACCAACAAUUGAAAAAAAAUCGUAUUAUUCUUUGACACUGAAAAUGCCAAAAAUAGUCUUUGAUGCUGAUUGCAUGAACACUUCAACGCCCUCCGCCAUAUACACUAUAAAAUAUGGUGAGGUGUUGAGAUUUGUAGAAACUUUAAGAUAUUUGAGUACUUUCAAUGAAACCUUUGAGCUGAGUAAUUUGAGGCCUUUUACUAUGUACUCUGUGAGCGCAGCAGUUAGUAAUCACUUCAACAAAGGGGAUAAAAUGGUAUUUGGGGAACCAUUGAUUUCUAGAACAUCGCCAGGAGCUCCUUCGAAACCACGAAACAUAUCAGCCUCAGUUCUUCAUCCUACUCUAGCUCAAGUGAACUGGCUACCACCAGAACAGCUCAAUGGAGAAAUAAUCCAUUACGAAAUCCAUUGGCUUACAGAAGGUUCCUUGACUGGUGUCAGACAAAAAGGAGAACAACCUGUUAGCGAUUUAAAAACUUUAGAAAAAAACAAACACAUUCUGACCACCUUACUGCAAAAACUCAGUCCUAAUGAAACCUACACAGUUUGGAUCAGAGCCUAUAGUGAAACAAACGAAACAAUGUCAGACAGCGACCGAGUGCAGAUUACUACUUAUCCAGAACCAGCCGUGUUUGAUUUAGUUAAUCAAACUUCCCAAACGUUAACAUUGACGUGGGAAAUUACUUCACAUAUCCAGGAAUAUGUGGUGGAAUAUGCACCGAUAACGUCUACAAACACUUGGGCUAAAGCUACUUCAGGGAUACACCAUGAGGAUAUAGUGCAAAUUUUUGUUAAAAAUUUGAGGCCAAAAACACAGUAUAAGUUCAGAUUAUCCUUGCUCUACGAACAGUAUCCAGAAUGGUAUAUUUGGCCUUCAGAUUCUAGAUUUACUUUUGAAACUUUGGGUGACAGACCAAGUCCACCAAGUUCGCCAGGAAUUCAAUUCUUCGGCUCAAACAUCUACAAAGUAGUUUGGGACGCCCCUCAUGAUAACGGAGCCAAAAUAGAGCUGUACUCUUUAGAGUCUCUUGCUUUGAAGUUUUAUAGGAACAAAAGGAGCGUCAGUGAAAAUAGAACUGCUUGGUUUUAUAGUGCACCAUCGAUUGAAGAGGAGGAAUUUGAGUGGAACCAAGUGUAUAAUGGAUCUGAAAAUUCUUGGAUUAUAACUGACUUAAGGGAUGAAUAUAAGUAUACUUUUCGUGUAUCUGCAAUGAACUCAUAUGGAUGGAGCGAUCCAAGUCCAGAAAGCACCGAGUUUGAUAUACAUGAAGCUGAAAGAUUAUCGCAGAAAAACCCUAUGAACUUAAUUUUUAUUGCAACACUCUUACCAAUAAGCAUUUGCAUUAUUAUCGUAAUUUGCUUCAGUUAUGUGACCUACUUUCGAAGAUGCAGUAAACAAAAAAAAGUCGAACAAUUAGUGGCCAUUCCAAGAGGUCCUGAUGUAGAACUGGCGACACUCCGCGAACUGCCACGUCGAGGGGUGCACAACACGAACAUCCUUUAUGUUCCAGCGGUUCACAAUGGAGAAGACAUUACAAUGUUGCCCCAUAUACGUAGAGACCAAAUAACCCUUACGAAAUUCUUAGGAAGUGGCGCUUUUGGUGAAGUGUUUGAGGGCAAAGCUAAAAAACUGCCGAAUGGAGAUGUUGAGACAAAGGUGGCGGUAAAAACGUUGAAAAAGGGAGCGUCGGAGCAAGAAAAAACAGAAUUCUUACAAGAAGCUCAAUUGAUGAGUCAUUUUAAGCAUGAACACAUUUUGCAACUUUUAGGAGUUUGUCUGGAUAAUGAUCCUCAGUUCAUUAUUAUGGAACUUAUGGAAGGUGGUGAUUUGUUGACUUAUUUAAGAGAUUCUAGAGGUGGAUUGAACAAUACACCAUCUUUGAAUCUGAUUGAACUACUAAAAAUGUGCCUAGAUGUAACCAAAGGUUGUAAAUAUUUGGAAGAAAUGCAUUUUGUACAUAGAGACUUAGCUUGUCGAAAUUGCCUAGUAUCUUGUAUGGAAAAAGAGAACAGGAUAGUGAAAAUUGGUGAUUUUGGACUUGCCAGGGAUAUUUACAAGAAUGAUUAUUAUAGAAAAGAGGGAGAAGGACUUUUGCCUGUUAGGUGGAUGGCUCCAGAAUCGCUUCUAGAUGGUGUAUUCACAUGCCAAUCAGAUGUAUGGGCCUUUGGAGUAUUAUUAUGGGAAAUAAUGACUUUGGGGCAGCAGCCUUAUCAAGCAAGAAGUAAUUUAGAAGUUUUGCACUAUGUGCGAGGAGGUGGAAGAUUGGGAAAGCCUACAGAUUGUCCAGACGACUUGUAUAAAUUGAUGAUUAAAUGUUGGGAACUUGAAUCUGAACAAAGACCUACAUUUAAGUAUUGUCUGGAAGUAUUGGAUCAGUCUCAUAGGGAGCAUCUGAGGAAUCCUACAACUGGGGCCCAUUCUCAGUACAUAAGUACUGUUCCAGAUCUGUUUGCUGGGAUAUCGAAUGCCGCAUAUUUUCUAGAUGAAAAUGAAAAUUCAGGUAUGUCUUGGAAAAGCGGAACAGAAGACGAAACAAGCAGGGAGAAAACACCAUUUUUAUCAUCCCAAGAUGUUGGUCUUCCAGAUAUACCAAAAUAUCUUGAACUACUUUAUGAACCAGAACAGGACACCUCUCUAGAAAAUGAUGGAUAUGAAAUCCCCAAUGGUUUGAUAGUCAAUAAUAAUGAAACAUCUGGUCAAGAACUAGGCAAUAGUGUUCUAUCAGAAAUUAAAAUUAAGACUCAUGAGGGUAGUAAUGAAAAAAAUGAUGUAGUUGAUAAUAACAUGAACUUAUAAAAUUGACUUUUUCAUCAAAUGGUUAACAUGAAAAAAUACUCAAUUUAAGUAAAUGUUCCUUUAUUAACUAUGAGUGUUAAUAAGCAAAUGUGCCUUAUUCAAAAUGAUCCACUCAGCAGCAAAAAUAAGUUGCUGAAUAUUGGUUCCGAAGCUGCUAUUUGUAGCAAGUUUGCAAACUAUAGGUAUAAUUAUUUAUUUAUUAAGAGGACCUGCAUUGUACAUUUCCUUGUAUAUAAAGACGAAUUGGAAUGUGAUGAUAUUUCAUAACUAUUAUUUUAGGUACUGUUUCCAUUUUAGAUCAAAACAAAAUAUGGGAAUUUUUAAAUUGUUAUUUAUUUUAUAAAUAAAUCGAUACUAUGUAAGUUGUUUGUACAAAUUAGACUAAUAAUUAGACCAAUAAAGAAUUCAGAAAUAAUUUUGUAGUUUAAUUUGCUAAAAAAUACCUACCUAAAUCAAUGCUGCCUCUUCUUCUUUAACAUCAGUAAUUUCCAAUUCCUUUUUGACCUCUUCAUCUUCUACUUUCACGUCAUCAUCCAUCGUUUCAUCUUUACUGUUCUCGUGCAGCAAAACAUAUUCUCUGGAACUGAAUCCAAAUUUCAAAACAUCACGUUCAAGAAGCUCCACAUAUUUUUUUGCUUCGAUUUUAUUGUUGUUGAGAAAUGUACCAUUUGCGGAUUCUAGAUCGAUUAUGUAGGGGCGAACUCUUUU